AUGGCUACCCCUAGUGUCCUCGCUUUUGACGCUGAGGGUCGGGCCAUUGACUUUGACGUCUGGAUAGAUGACCUGCAGCUUUUCUUACAGUGCGAUAGGGCAGACGGCCUCUCCCUCUUUGACCUCACUUCUGGUGCCUCUCCUGCCCCCGCCACUGAUGCUGACGCAACUGUUCGCUCCCAGUGGGCCACGCGCGAUGCUGCUGCACGUCUUGCUGUGCGUCGCCACCUGCCUACCUCUGAGCGUGCGCACUUUAGCCAGUACAAGAGUGCUCAGACCUUGGACCACUUCCUCUCAGUUUGCCCCACCACUCUCACCGUUGACCUCCUCGAGAAGUCCCUCCUAGCAGCAGAGAAGAGCAUAGUAGCUGUAGGAGCCUCUCGUGGUGACCCUCGCACCCCCAUCUUUGAGGGGUGUUCCCCCUCCCCCCUUUUGCCCUCUGUUGCCUCUGCUGCUGCGGCCGACCUCGUUGGGCUUGAGUCGGUCGGUGCGGCGUCUACCCCUAGCGGGAGACGCCGCCCUGCAAGGGCAAGGGGGGCAGGGGCCCUGGAGGAGCUAGCGGGGGCGGUGGAGGCGGCAGUGGAGGCGGUGGAGGAGGUGGGGGUGGCGGUGGGGGUGGUGGCGGGGGUGGAGGUGUCGGUGGCGGCAGUGGAGGCGGAGGCGGCAGCGGCAGUGGCGGAGGGAGCGGAGGUGGCGGCGGUGGAGGAGGAGGCGGCGGAGGAGGUGGAGCUGGUCGGGGUGGCGCUGCGCAGAGGGUCGGCUCCGGUGGUGGUCAGCGCCAGCAGCAGCAGCAGCACCAGCAGCGCACUCGUGACAUCCCCUCCCCUCAGCAGCUCCGUGAGUGGUGUGGCUGUCUUUGACCUUGACUUUGAUGCUAUUCUUGCUGCCAUGUAUACUGUGACUAUUAGUGAUGAGGGUGACUGUUACCGGUGUUUUCCGCCCGACCCGGGCAUUGAGACUGCUGCUCUAGGUACUGGUGAGGCUGCUGCUCUAGGUGCUAGCGAGGCUGCUGCUCUAGGUGCGUCUGCUCCCUCAGGUGCUGGUGAGUCUGCUCUCUCAGGUUCUGCGUCGGCUUCGGCCUCCCACACCUUCACCCUUGACUCGGGGGCUUCUCGCUCCUUCUUUCGAGACCGCACCACACUCACGCCGCUUAGCCGGCCAGUUGCAGUCUCUCUGGCAGACCCCUCUGGGGGUCCUGUCCUUGCUCACUUCUCCACUGUCCUCCCGUGUCCGGCGGCCCCCUCUGGCACCCUGUCUGGUCUUUACCUUCCCUCGUUCUCUACGAACUUGGUGAGUGGUGCUGACCUACAGGAUGCGGGGGUUCACCAGUUCACUCCUGCGAGUCGGCGGGUGACCCACUGCACGGACGCUCGGACAGGCCGACACCUGGCCACGUUUACCCGUCGGCCGGGGUCGAGCCUGUACACCCUGACCACUGCGUCUCCUCCAGUCACUGCGUCUGGUCAGGUAGCUGCGUCAGGUCAGGUGUUUGCUGCAGCGUCCAGCAUGGCCUCCCGUGUCCUUGUCUCUGGUCUUCCCCGGUCCCUCCCUCCCCUUCCUCCGGGGCCUGGCCCUACCUGCGUCCCCUGUGUCGAGGGGCGGCAGCGGGCUGCCCCUCACUCCUCCCAGUUUCCUCCGACAGAGGCCCCGCUGCAGACGCUUCACAUGGACGUGUGGGGCCCGGCCCGCGUCCGUGGACAGGGUCACGAGCGCUACUUCCUGCUGGUGGUUGACGACUACUCGCGUUACACCACAGUCUUCCCCUUGCGCAGCAAGGGUGAUGUCACUGAGGUGUUGAUCGACUGGAUCCGCGCAGCUCGUCUCCAGCUCAGGCAGAGCUUCGGCUCGGACUUUCCUGUUCAGCGUCUGCACUCUGACAGAGGUGGAGAGUUCUCCUCUGGCCUUCUGCGAGCCUACUGUCGUGCACGAGGCAUCCGCCAGACCUUCACGCUUCCGGACUCUCCACAGCAAAAUGGGAUUGCUGAGCGCCGCAUUGGCAUGGUCAUGGACGUCGCCCGUACGUCCAUGAUGCAUGCGGCUGCCCCCAUUUUCUGUGGCCGUUUGCGGUUCGCUUUGCUGUGGACGGGGAAGGUUGGCGAUGCGUCUGCGUUCCGUGUCUGGGGAUCUCGGGCGUUUGUCCGCGACUUGUCUGCGGACAAGCUGUCCCCUCGUGCUGCUCCUUGCGUCUUCCUUGGCUUCCCCCCUGACGCGCCAGGGUGGCAGUUCUACCACCCCACCUCUCGCCGUGUCCUGUCCUCCCAGGACGUCACGUUUGACGAGUCGGUCCCCUACUACCGCCUCUUCCCCUACCGCACUCCGUCCCUCCCCCCGCCACCGCUCUUCCUUGUCCCAGUCGAGCCUGUCGAGGUUACUGGUGACUCUGGUGCUGCUGAGGGUGCUGAGCCUGGGGGUGCUGACUCUGGGGGUGCUGAGCGUGUGGGUGCUACGCCUGGGGGUGCUGAGCCUGAGGGUGCUACUACUAGGGGUGCUGAGCCUGAGGGUGCUGAGCCUGGGGGUGCUACUACUGGGGGUGCUGAGCCUGGGGGUGCUGAGCCUGGGAGUGCUACGCCUGGGGGUGCUACGCCUGGAGGUGCUGAGCCUGGGGGUGCGGAGCCUGAGGGAGCUGGGCCUGCUCGUGUGGCGUCUGGCGGUGCUGAGCCUGGAGGUUCUCCGGGUGCUUCGUCUCUGCGGGAGCCACUCUCUCCACAGGAGCUGCGCGAGUGGUUUGCCCGGCGCUGGAGGCGUGCUGCUGGAGCUGGAGGUUCUUCGGCUGCUGAGGGUGCUGGUGCCGCGGGUCCCGGAGGUGCUCGUACUGGGAGUACUGGAGCUGCUGGGCCUGCGGGUACGACUGGAGCUGGAGCUGCUGAGGGUGUUAGCGCUGAGGCUACUGCUGUCGGUCCUGGAGGCGGUCCUGCUGGGGGUGCUGGAGCUGGAGGUACUGCUGGCGCUGGUGCUACCGCUGGGUGUACUGGUGCUGUCCCUGCUGUGUCUGGAGUCGCCACACGGCCUAGGCCGUACUUCGUUCCGCUCCUUCAGCAGGUUCUUGGUCUCCCGCCUUCUACUGGUCCUCCUCCUCCCUUAGAGUGUCCACAGCCUGUCCCGUCACAGUUACAGUUACAGCCGGCCUCCCCACUGCCCGCUCCUUCUCCCUACACUGGUCCUACUGGAGGUCUUGCUGAGCGUCGUGAGCCUGCGUCUCGCCCUGCGUCGCCUGUCCGUGCUGCUCGCACUAGUGCUCGUGGUUCGCGUCAGCGUCCUCCUCCUGUCCCUGGCACGCACCGGAUGUCUCUGCGUCCGUCCACUGCUCCUCUGCGUGCCCCUUUGCCUUCUCCUCCUGAGUCCUCUCUUCCUGCUCUUCCUGACCCGGAGUCGGACUCUCUUCGUGCUGCCAGUCCUACUGUCACGCGUCUCCUUGCUACUGUUGUCACUGACCCUUCCUUUGAGUCCACUGCUGCGUCUGCCCUAGUUACUGAGCUCGUCGACUUUGCUGCUCGCUGUCGUCUAGACUACGCUGCUAGUCUUGUUGCUGAGUCUGAGUCUGUCUGUCCUCCGUCCGUCGGGGGUGAGUGUGCCCUUGGCACGGACGUCCUUGAGGACAGGCAGGAGGAGUUCCAGUGUUUGGCUGCUGCUUCACCUCAUCUCGUGUCCGUACUGCUUACCCCUGAGGGAGACCCGGAUGCACUUGACAUCCCGACUCCGCGCUCUUACGCGGGAGGCGAUAGAGGGGUGAAGCGGCCGCCGGGUUCUCCGCCUGUCUUCAAGGCGCGUUACGUGGCUCGUGGCUUCAGUCAGCGGCAGGGAGUUGACUACUUUCAGACCUUCUCUCCCACCCCAAAGAUGACCACUCUUCGGGUACUGCUGCACAUAGCUGCUCACCGCGACUACGAGCUGCACUCUCUUGACUUCAGCACUGCUUUCUUGCAGGGCAGCCUGCACGAGGAGAUCUGGCUGCGUCGCCCACCUGGCUUCACUGGGUCUUUUCCUCCUGGCACCCAGUGGAGCCUCCGGCGGCCAGUCUACGGUCUCCGCCAGGCACCGCGUGAGUGGCACGACACACUGAGGACUACACUUGCGGCUCUUGGGUUUGCUCCCUCUACUGCCGACCCGUCGCUGUUUCUGCGCACCGACACUUCUUUGCAGCCGUUCUACAUCCUCGUGUACGUCGACGACUUGGUCUUUGCCACAGCUGACACUGCUGGACUCGCCCACGUGAAGUCCGAGCUGCAGAAGAGACACACGUGCACAGACCUGGGUGAACUGCGCAGCUACCUUGGCUUGCAGAUCACCCGGGGACAGAGCACGCCGCACCAUUACCCUGACUCAGUCACACAUGGUGCAGCAGGUCCUUCAGCGCUUCGGCUUCACGUACUCCUCGCCUCAGGCCACUCCUCUGCCUACUCGCCACUCGCUCUCAGCUCUGCCUUCGGAUGA